AUGUGUCGUUGGGGGAUUCUGUGCUUUGCCCUCUUCUGCUACCUGGGUGUAGCAUGGGCUGCAAAGCUGGGUGUCGUGUCCACGGAAGGAGGCUUGAUUGAGGGUGUCAGUAAGAAGCUGGGACUCUUCGGGAACUUCGUUGACAUCUUCAAAGGAAUCCCUUAUGGAGCUCCUACGAAGAUUUUGGAAAACCCCCAGCCCCAUCCUGGCUGGUCAGGUACACUGCAGGCCACGAAGUACAAGCCCCGUUGCAUGCAGGCCACGCUAACCCAGACUGACGUACGUGGGAGUCUGGAUUGUCUGUACCUGAACAUCUGGGUCCCUCAGGGGAAAAAACAAGUCUCCACAAAUCUGCCAGUGAUGGUCUGGAUCUAUGGAGGUGCUUUCCUCUUUGGAGGUGGUCAGGGUGCUAACUUCCUCAAGAACUACCUCUACGAUGGUGAAGAGAUUGCAGUGCGAGGCAACGUCAUCGUUGUGACCAUAAGCUACCGAGUGGGGCCCCUGGGGUUCCUUAGCACGGGUGAUGCCAGCGCUCCAGGUAACUAUGGACUGAGGGACCAGCACUUGGCCAUUACCUGGGUGAAGAAAAACAUCAAGUCCUUUGGAGGAGACCCCGAUAACAUCACUAUCUUUGGGGAAUCCGCUGGAGCUGUCGGCGUCUCGUUGCAGACCUUGUCACCCUACAACAAGGGGUUGUUCAAACGAGCCAUCAGCCAGAGCGGCGUGGGCCUGUGCACGUGGGCUAUCCAGGAGAACCCUCUCUUCUGGGCUACCAAGAUUGCAGAGAAGGUUGGCUGCCCUACAGACAACACCACAACCUUGGCCAACUGCCUGCGUGUUGCAGACCCCAAGGCAGUGACACUGGCCUACCAUCUGGAGUUGAUCGGCCUGGCAUAUCCCCUUGUCCACUACCUCGCCUUCACUCCUGUCAUUGAUGGCGACUUCAUCCCAGACAACCCGGAGAACCUCUUUGCCAAUGCAGCAGACAUAGACUACAUUGCAGGCGUGAACAACAUGGAUGGGCACAUCUUCGCUGGGAUUGAUGUUCCACGCGUCAAUCGUCCGCUCAAGCACAUCACUGCGGAUGAUUUCUACAACCUGGUGCGAGGGCUGACCAUGAAGAAGGGAGUAAGGGGAGCAAACGCAACAUACGCCCUCUACACCCAGGUGUGGGGCCAGACCCCAGAUCAGGAGACCAUGAAGAAAACAGUGGUGGACUUGGAGACCGACUACAUCUUUCUGAUCCCGACGCAGCGGGCUCUCAAUCUGCAUUACCAGAAUGCCAAGAGUAGCAAGACUUACAGCUACGUGUUCUCCCAGCCAUCUCGAAUGCCCGUCUACCCCAGCUGGGUAGGGGCAGACCACGCAGAUGACCUUCAGUAUGUCUUUGGGAAACCGUUCACUACCCCACUGGCCUAUUUCCCACGGCACAGGACUGUCUCGGAGACCAUGAUUGCUUAUUGGACCAACUUUGCCAGAACAGGGGACCCUAACAAAGGGGCAUCAAGCGUGCCCAUUGCUUGGCUGCCGUACACAGCUGAGGAAGGCUACUACGUGGAAAUCAACAGCGACAUGAGCUACAACUCUGUGAAGCAGGGUCUCAAGGCCCCCUACGUUAAGUUCUGGACGGUGUCCUACCAGAGCCUGCCUAAUAAGUCUUCCUCUUUCCUGGAUGAGUAACAAGCCCAUUAGA